AUGACUUUCCCUUCUGUCUUGUUGCUUUCUUUUUUGGCCAUGUUCAUCACUAUUGAUGCCCAGAUGGGUGUCAAACAGCAGCUUCUGAGUACAUUCAUCUAUACUUUACAUGGAGACAGAACGCCUCUUGUCCUGUCAACAUCACCCACUCUGACGCCUCUCGGUGCUCAACAGUUGUAUGAAGCCGGCAACAGGGUUCGCCAGACAUAUGUGACACCCAACGCGAACGGCAGCAUUACCAUCCACGGCAUUUCACCUUAUCAGCUGGAGUACGACCAAUUGACUGUGUUGUCGACCAGUGACCAAUAUGUGUUCGCAUCGGCUCAGGCUUUCCUGCAGGGAUUGUACCCUCCCCUGCAGACGUCGUCCAAUUAUACAUACAUUGACGGUCAAAGCACCGUCCAGAACGGCACCAACCUUGUGGCUCCUCUCCAGGGCUACCAGUAUCCGAAUAUCAUGACUCUUUCAACCAACGACCUGAAUUCGAUAUGGCUCAGUGGUUGGAAAAAUUGUCCCGCAUACUCAUCCUCGUCAAAUGAUUACUAUGAAACCGAAUCCUUCCAGAGCCUCCAGAAUCGCAGCCAGGAGUUCUAUACGAGCCUUCAGCCGGAUUUCCUGAAGGGAAUCUUUCCGAACGCUUCAGUCGGCUAUUUGAACGCGUACAACAUCUACGACUAUCUCAACUAUGCCUACGUCCAUAACACCUCCGCUGCAGACCUUUUGACUCCCGCAAUGUUGACUGAAGCAAGAACCCUUGCCGACGAUCUGGUCUUUGCCCUGAAUGCAGACACAACAGCUUCUGGAUCAACUGCUGGAGAUCAUAUCCGAGCAAUAGCCGGCAGGACAUUGGCCACCCGGAUCAUGCAAGCCUUCUACACAACCAUCAACACCCAGGGCGCCUCAGACAAAAUGACCCUGGCUUUUGGAAGUUACGAGCCCAUGGUUGCGUUUGCAGCUUUGGCUCGUCUAGUGUCUCCUCUCAAUUCGGCAUUUUAUAACGUUCCUGCCUCAGGGUCGAGUUUUAUCUUGGAGCUGAUUUCCAUGCAGAGUGGCAAUACUGACGCAUAUCCCGAGACCUCGGACAUGUUUAUCAGGUUUCUAUACCAGAAUGGCACCGACGACGAUUCUUCGCCAGUGGCAUACCCCUUGUUUGGUCUCAGUCCAAGUCAAACCUUGAUAUCAUUCACCGACUUUGUCGCGGGUCUGCAAGAGUUUGAAAUUUUCAAUGUUGAAGAUUGGUGCAAAACAUGCAGUAGCUUCAGCGUGUUCUGUCCCGCCUUUGUUGGUACGAAUGGUAGCUUGGACUCUGCAGGCCAAGUUCCCUCCCAUCAGAAGGGUCUGUCGCCAGCCGUUGCCGGCGUGGUUGGCGCCAUUGUCACUCUUGCCGUUGCUGCUUUGUUACUUGGUACGGCAAUGUUAUUUGGUGGUAUGAGGUUUCAUCGAGUCCACACCAAGCGCAUGUCUGAACUGGGAGGGUUCAAGGGCGCUAAGAAGCUGGCCAGCGACCAGGAUCUAACCAUUCCAAAGGGCAAUGUAGGGGCAGUGGUCGUCACAAGCGAAGAGCCGACUAUCAUAAGAGGUCACGAACGAGUCGGCAGCUGGGAGCUCAAAGAUCAAGCAAAGGCAGAGGAAGCACAAGGUCGCAUAAUCAGUGCUGGCACUCCUCAGCUGCCACGCCCAAGCUAUGAAGGCGACGACGAGGAUAUGCCAGUCGGUCCCGAUACCGUCCCCGUCCACCCACGAAGCCAUAUAUGA